GUCUGGAAGCAAAGCAGCAACUACUUAAUGCUAGUCUGCUAGGUUUAUGAACAGUUUGUUUGGAGGGCAGAAAUGGAAUAGUUUAAGAACGCCUGUCUGCUGCUGAUGACCCGACAAAGCUGGACAAAGAUGAGCUGAGGCCUUCACAAAACAAAUAAACGAACUGAAGACAAGAUUUUCUUUCUGGAGGCUUGAAAAUGAAGAUUGUAUAAGCUGGAGUUACUGCCUUCUGAAUCGUUAUGGGGAUGGCUGGUUAGAGAUCACUGUAGAAGCAUUCAAGAAUAUCUGGCAGAGGGGCUUGUGGAAUUGCAGAGAUCUGGUCUAAUUAUAGGAUCAGAGUUGAAAAUAAGCUGGUACAAGUCCCUACUGAGUACUGGUAAGAAAGUGGCUGAAGUAGUAUCGCACAUCUUCUGCUUUAGGCUCCCAAGAGAGACAGGACCACAAGAAUUUUAAGUUCCUGCAUCGGCCAGAAUGGACUCAAAAAGUACUGACUCAGCUUCUCCAGCAGUGAAAACGGACCUAAAAAGAAGUCAUUCAGAUCCAGCUAUAUAUUUUACUAAUACAGACCUUGAACCUCAGCACUGUCCUACCUUGUUGCCAGCUCCUGCAGCAGCCAAAAAGUUCCAAAGAAGUCAUUCAGCCCUGAAGGAUAAUGCAUAUCCAGCAAAAGUCAACCAGCGCCUAUCUAGUGUCAGCUCUACAGGUAUACGAUUGGAAGAAAUCAAGCGUUUGUUAACUGAACUGCAGAAACAUACCUCUGAGACACAGUCCUUGAAGGUGCCAGCCAUGAAGGAUAAUCCAUAUAAAGCAAAAGCUCAAGAGUCAGAAAUGUCUGUGCUACCAUACAAAAUAACCGUAAGGACAUCUACUGAGCAGGGAGUAGCAGGGCAAGAUGCUGUCCCCCACUCUCUGCUCUGCUCUGCUCUUCCUCCGACAGGUGCAAGUGAAGCAGCUCGCUUUGCAGCCUCUUCUAAUCCUGCCCUGAAGGAUAAUGCAUAUCCAGCAAAAGUCAACCAGCGCCUAUCUAGUGUCAGCUCUACAGGUAUACGAUUGGAAGAAAUCAAGCGUUUGUUAACUGAACUGCAGAAACAUACCUCUGAGACACAGUCCUUGAAGGUGCCAGCCAUGAAGGAUAAUCCAUAUAAAGCAAAAGCUCAAGAGUCAGAAAUGUCUGUGCUACCAUACAAAAUAACCGUAAGGACAUCUACUGAGCAGGGAGUAGCAGGGCAAGAUGCUGUCCCCCACUCUCUGCUCUGCUCUGCUCUUCCUCCGACAGGUGCAAGUGAAGCAGCUCGCUUUGCAGCCUCUUCUAAUCCUGCCCUGAAGGAUAAUGCAUAUCCAGCAAAAGUCAACCAGCGCCUAUCUAGUGUCAGCUCUACAGGUAUACGAUUGGAAGAAAUCAAGCGUUUGUUAACUGAACUGCAGAAACAUACCUCUGAGACACAGUCCUUGAAGGUGCCAGCCAUGAAGGAUAAUCCAUAUAAAGCAAAAGCUCAAGAGUCAAAUAUGUCUUUGCUACCAUACGAAGUAACCUUAUGGACAUCUACUGAGCGGGGAGUAGCAGAGGAACAUUUUGUUGAGAGGCACCAACAAGAACUGAUUCGCUGUGCUGUAGGGGUGAAUGUUGUAGUAGAGUUUCUGGAGUUCAAUGCUGUAAUAACAUUUCAUCAAAUGCGAGACAUCAAAGGUACCGAUCAAGAGCAAAUGCAGAAACUGUAUGAAUUAAUGCCAGCCUGGAGAACAUCUGGAAAGGAUCGGCUGCAAGAAAUCUUAAAGAAAACAAACAGACGACUUAUUGGGCAGCUUGCAGGGGGCCAUUUUGUGGACAGACAUCGGGAGGAGCUGAUCGAACAAGUGACGGAGGUCCCCCUGAACCAGCUUCGUGGGUUUGUACUGGAUGAGGAGCAAUAUGAGACUCUCCUUAACUGCACCACAGCGAAGAUGCAGAUGUCAGCCCUGUUCCAGAUGAAGCAGGAAUGGGAUAGGCAGCAGAAGGACUGGCUGUACCGAGUGCUGGCAGAAACCGAACCAGAUCUUACUAAUGUCCUUGAAGAGGGCCAUUUUGUGGACAGACAUCGGGAGGAGCUGAUUGAACGAGUGACAAAGGUCCCCUUGAGCCUGCUUGGUGAAUUUGUACUGGAUGAGGAGUAUAAGACUCUUCUUAACUGCACCACAGCAAAGAUGCAGAUGUUAGCCAUGUUCCAGAUGGAGAAGAAGCGGAACAGGCAGCGGAAGGAUCGGCUGUACCGAGUGCUGGCAGAAACCAAUCCAGAUGUUAUUAAAAUCCUUGAGGAGGAACACUUCAUUGAAAAACAUCAGGAGGAAGUGAUUCAUCGAGCCUGCAGGGUCAACACUGUCUUGCAGUGGCUCCACGAUCAGCAUUCCCUGAUAAAGGAGGAAUCAGACCAGAAGAAAAUGUUCCAGUUGUAUACCCUGGUGCCAAGAUGGAACAGGAAACAGAAGGACCAUCUUUACACCGUGUUGAAGAAAACAAAUGGACCCCUAAUUGCUGAACUUGAGGAGGGGCACUUUGUUGAAAGGCACAAGGAGUAUUUGAUGAAAAACAUCAUUGGGGAAAGAAAAGUUGCGCUCAUAUUAAUGGAACAGUGUACAAUCAGCUGUCAUGUGUAUGGCGACAUCUUGGGGAAGAAAAAAAUAAUGGAGAUGCUCUAUGAACUGGUGCCAAGCUGGAACGGAGAACAGAAAAAUUGUCUCUACAGGGCAUUCAGGAGCACCAAUGAACGCCUGAUCAAGGAACUUGAGAGUAGGAAAAGCAGAAAAGAUGGUUUGAUUCCCAACUGCCUUGCAGAGAAAUGCUGCUUGUGUGAAAGAGAGAAGGAUUUUCUAGAGAUCCAACCAGAGCUUGUUCCAAAUGCCGAAGAGAAGCUGACAACAUACAGAAUUCACCUCCCCAAGGCAGGCACCUUCCUGUGCUCAGUUACCGAACUCAAGUUUGAGGUGAAGGCGGCCGUGACUCUUGAAUAUGCAUUUCGUUCCUGGGAUCAGCACCUGAGCGAGGCCGUGAUGCAGACAUGGAUGGUGGCCGGUCCGUUGUUUGACAUCCGAGCAGAUGCUGAAGAGAAAGUGGCAGCUGUUCACCUCCCUCAUUUUUUGUGUCUCAGAGGGAGAAAAACAGAUGAGUCCCAGAUGAAAAUCGCCCAUUUUACUGAUGUGGGGAUGACCCUGGAGAAACCAGCGCAGGUGACCCAGUUUCAUGCUGUGUUGGAGAAUCCCAAAUUCUCUCUGCUGGGAGUGUUAAUCAAACCGAUCUACGAUAAGUUCUUCCGUGUGCAUGCCGUGGUGCUGCUUUAUCAGGCCUACAAGAGGAUCACGGCGCUUAACCUCUACUUGGUUCCCAAUGACUCUUCCUUGAUACAGGCAAUCAAAGAUGAAGAGGAGAAGUUCCACUCAGUGCUGGUGCGGAAACCACCUCAAACAAAGGAGCCCCUGCAUUAUGGCUCUCACUAUACAGUAUCCAGUUCAGCAGACCUCAAGAUAAGCCCACAGGAACUAGAAUUUACUUACAAGACCCCAGGACAGCUGCAAUCCUUUGUGGAAGUCCGUAUCAUAAAAAGCGAGAGAGUUGAUCUCAGUAUGAAAAACAAGGAAGAGCGUUGCUGUGUCUGGGAUACUUUGCUCGAACCAGAGGACUUGUUGGUUCCCACAGCCCCCACUGAAUUAAAGCAUAGUGAAGCAGCAAUUCAGGUGGAACAGCGCUUUUCUCGCCUGGAAAUUAGAGAAGAAAGGACGCAUUUUAUCGAACUUCACCGGGAGCAACUGAUCCAGCGGACUUGCAACGUGGAGGGGGUCCUGGAUAUACUCUUUGGAUCAGAAAUCCUGGAUGAAGAACAGUAUCAAAGAGUACUGUUAAAAGGAACCAACCAGGAAAAAAUGCGAGAACUCUACCAGCUGGUGCCGAGCUGGAACCGGGCUUGCAAGGACAAGCUGUACAGUGCACUGAAGAUGAAGAACAAGUUCCUCGUCCAAGAACUUGAAGGGAGCUGAGGCAGCAAAGACGGCAGAAUAAUACCUUUGCAGGCACAGGAAAUCCACCUCCACUCUCUCUCCUAUUUUCUCUUUGCUAUGCUGCACUUCACCUGCUGGUUUGAACACAGAGGUUGUUUUGUCCCAGUUGGUUGUUCCACCCUCCUCCUCUUUAUCCAGUUCCCUGAUAAGAGCUCCUGUAGCAUAGCGGUUAAGUGGUUGGAUUGCAAGUCAGCACUCUGCAGGUUUGACUUCCACUACUGCCAUGAGCUCUGCAGGUGGCCUUGGGUAAGCCACUCCUCUCAGCCCCAGCAGUAUUGUGGGGGUAAUAACAUGGACUUUGUUCACUGCUCUGAGCGGGACUCUAUGUAGGAAUUUAGCAAGUGUUUUCAUUUCAGUCAUGAAAGAGUUAAACUGUUUGUGUUACCUACUUAAUUAGUAAACAUACUUUGAAUGUAACCAUUAGAGCUUCGAAUAAGAUUCCCGCCAUAGAAAGGGGUGUCACUAAGCAUAAUGAAGUAAGACUAGGAUUUUCUAUUGGGCAGUUAGUUUAUUGGGGGCAAUUAAUUGCUUCUAUAUACUGAAGUUUUAUUGCUCUUUGUUCACCUUUCUCUCCUCUCACUACCACUCUCACUCUUACUUACUUCUUAUCUAGCAAGAUGUAGUCAGCUUAGCAAUUUAUUAUUUUCUCCAAAUGUAACUCUAAUUUUUAUCCUUUA